GUUUUUCAUAUGGAAUUCACUGUUGGUAGUCAUCGGUUGUGUCUCUACCGUUCAAAUGGUAAUCGGUUUCGUCUUUGAUGUCAUGAAAGUUACUUCAGGUAGAACCUCAUUGACUGAAAAUACACCCGGAGAGAAACCAAGGAGUGCGAUCAAUGAAUAUUGGAAUAGUCGAAGAAAGGUUUAUCAAGAAACGAUAGAUGAUUUAUAUUCGAAAUAUAUGGAACGUCUAGUCGAUGUUCACCAACAGCAACAAGAAUAUUGGCAGUGGCAACAACCUCAAUAUGCGUAUCAACAGCAACGUUACUAUAAUUCGAUGAACAUCAAAGGAAAUACUUAUACUGAUGAAGGAAGCGUAAACGGAAUUGAUGAUGCCGCUUUGACUUCCUCGAAUGCUAAUUUUAUUUCCGAAUAA